AUAUGUCAUGUUGGGAGAGAAAAAUCAGGACAAAAGGGGUAAAAACAAGAGAAAGAAAAAAAAAAACAGACAAAAAAAAAAGUGAAAACUAAUGUGCUUUAUUCAGUCUCCAUAGUUCUUCUUCUGGAUGCAGAUGACAUUUUCCAUCCAAAGUUUAAUGGAAUUUCCUUGCAUCACUGAAUUGCUGAGAAGAGCUAAAUCUAUCAUAGCUGAUCAUCACAUAUUCCCCAAUUGAUGGGCAUCCAUUCAUUUUCCAAUUCUUUGCCAUCACAAAAAGAACUUCUAUAGACAUUUUUGCACAUACAGGUCCCUUUCCCUUCUUUAAGAUCUCUUUGGGAUAUAGACCCAGUAAUAGCAGUGCUGGACCAAAGGUAUGUACAGUUUGAUAGUCCUUUGGGCAUAGUUCUAAAUUUCUCUCCAGAUAAACAAGCAUUUAUUAAGCCCCUCCUACAUACCAGGUAAUAUAUUAGACACUGGGCAUAAAAAAAAUUAAAAUGAAGCAGUCCCUGCUCUCAAGGAAAUUACAUUCUAAAAAGUAAAACAUGUACACCUAUAAGUAUUCACAAAAUAAAGACAAGGUAAUUUUGAGGAGUUACCAUCAGCUGGGUGAAUUAGGAAAUCCUCCAUAUGAGCUUGAAAUGAACUUUAAAAGUAAGUCGGGAUUCUAACAGGUUAAGAGGGAAUCCAUUCCAGUUAUGGGGGACAGCACAGUGCAAAAAGAAAAAUAAAAUGAACCAGCUAAUUCUGAGAACUGGGAAAUAGAAUUCAGGUCUUCCUAAUUCUGAUGUUUUCACUGCACCAACCUUUACCAUAAUGCUUGGAAAAUUUAUUGAGUCAUUUCAGUCCCGUUCAACUCUUUGUGACCCCGUCUGUAGUUUUCUUGACAAGGACACUGGAAUAAUUUACUAUUUCCUUCUCUUGUUCAUUUUACAGAUGAGGAAACUGAGGCAAAUAGGGUUAACACAACCCAGGGUCACACAGCUAGUAAGUAUCUGAGGCUGGAUUUGAACUCAUUAAGAUGAAUGGUCUUGUUUCCAAGCCCAGUACUCAUCUAGCUGUCUGCUUAGGAUAUACGAGGUGCCUUAAAAAUGCUUGUCAACUUGACUGAACUAAAUUUGGUUUUGGAUAUUUGGUGAUAGUGGGACAUCCAAUAAGAAGCUAUAAGCAUUUUUUCUUUUUAUUUUUUUCUUCUUAAGUUUUUAUUGAUAUUUUCUGCUUCUUAGAUUACCAUAGUUAUAUCCCACAUGUCUCCCUGUCUUGGAGAUACCUUCUCAUUUCUCUUCACGAGAUAUUUGAGCUUUAUAAUUUUGUUACAUUACCUUUUUAUGUGUAGUUCUUCUUUUCAUUUAAAUUGUUAUAGUCAUUGUAUAGAUAGUUUAUCUGGUUCUGUUUACUUCACUUUACAUGUUGCAUCAUUUCAAAUACAUCUUUCCAUGCUUUACAUUCAUCAAACACAUUAUUUCUCACACUACUGUAAUAUUCCAUUAUAUUUAUGUAUCACAAGGGGUAUAGUUAUUCUUUAUUUGAUGGGUAUCUAAUUUGCUUUCGAUUUUUAGCUAUCAUAAGGAAUGCUGUUUUUAUUUUAUUUGAUAACACAUUUGGGGUUUACAUUGCAAACAUUACAUUGUAGGGAUUUUCUUUUUACCGGUGACUUUGGGUAGAUGCAUCUUAGAUUUCUACUCAGGUACUUUCACCGCAUCUCUCUGCCUGCAGAGGGCAUUAUAAGUGCUCCCUCCUCUCUCCAUUCCCACCCUCUUUUCAGCUGCAGAAGGAUCAUCGCUCCUCACCUCUCCUCCCGCAGCCGCUAAGGAGGUGGGCGGGGGCUCCAGGAGAGACCGAAUUGCUCCUCCAUUCGCUUCCUAAACCAUCAAUCCCGAGAUUUCGCUCCCGCCUACGUCACAUGACGCAGCCCAUCAUGGCGGCGGUGGUGCUGGCGGCGGCGUUGCUGCUGCUGGAGCUCCGAUCUCCGGACAGCGACUACUGAAAGGCAGACGGCAGCGGCGGAGGCGGUAGGAACCGCAACCGCAAUAUAGACCGACAGACACUACUACACGGGAGGGAAAGAUGCUGUUUCCGGGGCUGGAGCGGCGAGGGCGGACUAGGAGCCGGGCCGGGAUUUGGGAGCAGCGAUUUGUCUUCAGGAGCCGGCGCGGGCGCCGCUGAGGCAGCCGAGGGAGGGGGGCAAGGGAGAGCGAAAAGGAGGGAACGACCGGGGGGUCUGCACGCAGAGCGACCCACAGGCCCAGGGAGCCGGGAACCAAAGCCGGCCGUAGAGACUUCGCCCGCCGCCGCUGCCGCUGCAGUCUCCACUUGCUGCGCGGGGGAGAUGCCGGGGCCGCUGGGCGCCCUCCGGCUGCCGCCUCCUCGGCCGCUGCCCCAGCUACUGCUGCUGCUACUCUUGCUCCUGCUGCCGCUGCCGGGCGUCCGGGCCGCGCCACUUCCGCAAACAGGUGCAGGGGAAGGAGCUGCUGCAGAAGUGUCCUUACUUUUUGUGGUUCUGUCUAUAUGCAGUUUACUGACAUUGGUAGUGCUGAUUGUGAACUGUGUAUCCUGCUGUAAAGAUCAAGAAAUAGACUUUAAGGAGUUUGAAGAUAAUUUUGAUGAUGAAAUAGAUUUUACACCACCAGCAGAAGAUACACCCUCUGUCCAAUCUCCUGCAGAAGUUUUUACACUCUCGGUUCCAAAUAUUUCUUUGCCAGUUCCAUCCCAAUUUCAUCCUUCUUCAGAAGGAUUGAAGUCUCAAGUUACACGCCAGAGUCUAAACUAUAUUCAGGAAAUUGGAAAUGGCUGGUUUGGAAAGGUUCUGCUUGGGGAGAUUUAUACAGGCACUAGUGUAGCAAGAGUAGUAGUAAAGGAGUUAAAAGCCAGUGCGAGUUCAAAGGAGCAAGAUAAAUUUUUGAAAAAUGGAGAGCCAUACUAUCUUCUUCAGCAUCCAAAUAUUCUUCAGUGUGUUGGACGGUGUGUGGAAGCAAUCCCAUAUCUUUUGGUGUUUGAGUUGUGUGACAUGGGUGACCUAAAAGCAUAUUUGUGCAGUGAGCAGGAACAUAUUAAGGGAGACUCACAAAUAAUGCUGCUACAGAGAAUGGCCUGUGAGAUUGCUGCUGGACUUGCCAUAAUGCACAAACAUCACUUUGUGCAUAGUGACUUAGCCCUGCGGAAUUGUUUUCUCACUUCUGAUUUAAAUGUAAAAAUAGGAGACUAUGAAAUAGGACUUGGCAAAUACAAGGCGGAUUAUAUUGAAACAGAUGAUAAUAAAAUUAUUCCCCUUCGGUGGACUGCACCAGAAUUGGUAACCAGCUUUCAAGAGAGAUUACUAACUGCAGAUCAAACAAAGUUUAGUAAUAUCUGGUCACUGGGUGUAACACUUUGGGAACUCUUUGACCAUGGUGCUCAGCCUUAUGCACACCUUUCUGAUGUCGAAGUUCUCCAGCAGGUCAUAAAAGAGAGACACACAAAGCUCCCUAAACCACAGCUGGAGCAGCCCUAUUCAGAAAGAUGGUAUGAAGUUUUGCAGUUCUGCUGGCUACCACCAGACAAGAGACCAACAGCAGAAGAAGUACAUAGACUACUAACUUAUCUUCGUAUGCAAAGCCAAAGGGACUCUGAAAUUGACUUUGAGCAGCAAUGGAAUGCUCUUAAACCAAAUACCAAUAACAGAGAGACUUCAAAUAAUGCUGCAUUCCCAAUACUUGACCAUUUUACAAGGGAUAGACUUGGUCGUGAAAUGGAAGAAGUCCUCACAGUAACUGAAACAAGUCAGGGGCUUAGUUUUGAGUAUGUCUGGGAGGCAGCUAAACAUGAUCAUUUUGAUGAGCGCAGUCAGGUCAAUCCUGAUGAGGCCAUGUCAUAUACAAGCAUCUUUUUUCCAGUUGAUGUUUUUGAGAGUUCACUCUCAGAUCCUGGACCUGGAAAACAAGAUGAAAGUGGCCAAGAUGUGUCACUCAGGGCACCAGGGGUAGUCCCUGUUUUUGAUGCCCACAACCUUUCUGUUGGGAGCGAUUAUUACAUCCAAUUAGAAGAAAAAAGUGGUGGCAGCUUGGAUCUUGAUAAUCAAUCAGCAAUUCUCACUACAGAAGUGGAUAAUCCUGACACACUAACUGAUCAAAGUUCCCAAUUCAUGGCACUCAAGGAUCUUGAUGAUAGGGAAUCAAAUACAGGUGGAGAAUUUUUCCACUACACUGGAGACUCUAAAGAUAUUGGUAUACCUGAAGAUUCACGUGUUGCCAGUGUCCCUGAAAGCCCUUUCAGUAAUAUAUUUAAUGAUUUUGACAAAUCAGAGGAUUUGCAUAGUCAUCAAAAAAUAUUUGACUUAACAGAACUAAAUGGCAUUCAUGCUGAAUUUAAACCAGCUACUCUGAGCCCAGGUUUGGAUGUGCCUAAAGAGACACUAAUAACUAGCCAUCUUGAAAAAAAGAAUGGCCAUAAUAUUUUUGAUCAUGAUGCUGUUUGUUUAUCUGAAAAUCUUGUCCAUCAGAAUGAUUUUGACCCACUGAAUGUUCAAGAACUGUCAGAAAACUUCUUGUUUCUUCGAGAGAAAAAUUUAAUAAAAGAUACAUUGUCUAGGAAAGAACAUGCCACUGAUCUCCAGACAGAAUUAGAAAAAGCAGGUUUUACUGGGAAUGUGUUAGGAUCUUCACAUAGAAAUUCUUUAGACAUUGAGCUUAACUUCAUUGAAAAUAAAUCGGCCUUGUCUUUGUUACAGAAUAAUGCAAAAACUGAAAGUAAAGAAGAGUGUAUAAUGCCAUUAGCGGAAAAUUUGAAUGUAUCUUUGCAGUCUUCUCCAGAAUUGCAAAUAAUUUCUAACUUGCCCAAAACUGAAGAAAUGUCUUGUGAUAUACACCCAGAUUCUAUUCUGUUUCAAGAAGAAACCAAACUCACCUUUUUAAAUGUUGUCAGGUGUGGUGAUACCUCCAAGCAAGAGAUAAAUCCAAGCACUAAGACUGCAUUAGUUGAAGUGCUGUCUAGUGAUGCCAUAACAGAAAACAUUGAAAGUGGAUCAUGUGACAUUUCCCCCAAAAGCGAAAAGUCCACAAAUAUCAUCAAAAGUGAACCACUUCAUUUUGAUGAAGAAACUGAUUGUAGUAUGAGGAUGAAGAUAUGUCUUCCAGAAGAAAUGAAUCAGGACUUGGAAAACAAGUCCCCUUUAGGAGACCAUAAUGCUAGAAGUUUGCUAAAGAAAGAAAAUAAAACUCUAGGGAUUUCAAAUCGGCUUAUUUAUAAAGAAGCACCAAAAGAAGUAGGCUUAAUAUCUACCCUUUCUUCUGAUUCCACAAGCCAAGAUAGUCUUUUAGAAGACAGCCUUUCAACACCCAUACAGACAUCUGAGCAAUCUGUAGAAACACCAGACUCUUUGGAUUCAUUAGACGUCCAUGGAGUUUUAGAUGCAUUAGGUACUCAAAGUCCGCAGAAACUUGUGCCACCUGAUAAACCUGCUGAUAGUGGCUAUGAAACAGAGAAUCUGGAAUCUCCAGAAUGGACUUCCCAUCCUGCCAGUGAUGAUGCUUCAAAUACAGGUACCACAUUAAUUGAUGAUGGUACUCUUACUGCUCUGCCUCCCAAUCCAGUUAUCAUAAUUUCAGAUGAAGCAGAUGUCAACAAAGAUUUUGACUUAGCCUCAAAGACAUUAGUGUGCAGUACUCAAAACUCUUAUCGAGACUCUGCCUAUUUUUCUGAUAACGAUUCUGAGACUGAUAAGAAAAGCGAGGAUGUUACAGCAGCAUUGGCCUUGUUUACAAAAGAUCAACCCCAUAAGGGUUUAUCCAGCACUGAGCAGAGUUGUAAUGCCAAGCAUAAUCGUUGUGAAGAGAGAGUUAACCAAAGCCCUCUAUCGGGUUUGCAAAGCACUGAUGAACCAGAGUUGCAAGAUGUAUUGGAGCCAGAACAGACUGACAUUUCCAAACAGGUUGAUUUGGCUGAAUUGGAGGCUGAAAAUCCUUUGACUUUUAUCACAAAUUCAGAGUGUAGUUAUAGCGAAGAAUUUGACAUAGAUGAUCACUGCUGCAACCGCACUUCUACUGGCACCAAUACUGAUGAAUUACUCGCUUAUACAAACUCUACUUUUUGUUCUGGGAGCCCUUCAGCAAUGGCAGCAGCCUCUUUUUCAACAGACUUGAUGGGAGAUAAGGCCUUAUCCUGCUAUUCUGAGGGGCCUAAAUUGAAGGAGCCAGAUAUUGAAGGAAAAUAUCUGGGAAAACGUGGUGUUUCAGGAAUGAUUGACAUGUCAGAGGAUGGAAUAGAUGCAGAUGAAGAAGAUGAAAAUAGUGAUGAUUCUGAUGAUGACCUGAGAGCUUUUCAUCUUCAUAGUCUCAGUUCUGAAUCAGAAGAUGAAACAGUACAUCCAGUGCCAGUGAUACUGAGUGAUAAUGAUGAUGGAAAGAAUUUACGGAGUUUACUAAAACCAUCUAUGUCUGUCGGAAGUGACAAACUACCUGAUAAUUGGAGAAAGGAUAAGAAAGCAGUAACAUUCUUUGAUGAUGUCACAGUCUAUCUAUUUGAUCAGGAAACACCAACCAAAGAACUGGGACACCGAGGAGCUGAAGCUAAUAAUCAGGAGUCUAAUAGUGCAACGCCAUCAUUAGGUCCUAAUUACUUGAACAGGUUUACAAACUCAGAAAGUUCAACUGAUGAAGAAGGUGGAGGUUUUGAAUGGGAUGAUGACUUCUCUCAAGAGUCUUUUAUGUCAAAAACAGCGGAUAACCUUGGUUCUAAGCCUUCUCUUCAAACAUCAAAGUACUUUUCUCCUCCACCACCAUCUAGAAGUAUUGAGCAAAGUUGGUCACAUGCAUCGCCUUAUUCCAGGUUUUCUAUCUCUCCUGCCAACAUUGCAAGUUUUUCUCUUACACAUCUUACAGAUUCAGAUAUUGAACAAGGAGGAAGCAGUGAAGAUGGAGAAAAAGAUUAAGUGGGUAAAAUACUUUUUUUUAUCAAAACUGCUCAUACAAGACAGCAUGCCCACACUGAUGGCCUGCACAGUGUAAAUACUGAUAAACACAAUUGUGUUCAGAGAGCCACUGUAGGCUUCUGCUGGAGUAAGAAGAGGAGAAUCAAGAAACACAGAAAAGAAAUGUUAAAUCAGAACUUUUGAUGUGUAUUUGUAAUGUGUGUUUUUAAUCAGUGCAAUUUGCUUUUCAUUUGGAAGAGAUGAAUCUACAGCUGUUUUAAAAAAAAACUUGAAGUAUUAAUUCUUCAGGCAAUUGUUAUUUGUAAUAAACUUGUAAAGCAAUUACACAACCUUCUGGUUAUGUAUGGGAUUGUAUCAUAUUCUUUUUAUAUUUUUCCAUGUAGUUUAUUCUAUUUGAACCUACACCUGUCAUAGAAUUAUAUAUAAUUGUGUCUGUACAACAGGUGGCUGUGUCACUGAAACCGUAUGAAUGAUAGUUGGUCAGUAGUGAGCCAUAUUUAUUCUUGGGGAGGGUGGGGGGGAGAAGAUCACUAAAUACAUAUUACCUUGAUUUCUGUAAUUGCACUAUGGAUAUAUGUUCCCAGAUUCCCCAACAAUGUACAGAAUCAGAAUCGUAAAUUAUUCAAGAAAAAUAAAGCAGGUCAAGCUAGAGCUGUUGACUAGUUUGAUUUCUCCUGUUUUUUAUAUUUUGUUUGCUAUGCAUGGUACUUGUAAAAUUUAAGUGAGUGUUAUGCUGUUGUAGAGUUUACUGGAAUCUUAAACCAGUACCAUUUUUCAAAAUGAUAAUUGAUUCUGAAUGUUACAGUGUUCAUGUUUUUAUAGGAAAUAUAUUUGAGGAGUCUGAAAACACUGAUCUGGGUUGCUCAACUGAAUCAGAUGCAUUUUCAUUUCUUCUCUUAGAGUGACUUGAAAAUAUGAGGCUUCUUUCCAGAUAGUUGGAGGGUCUUUUAAUCAAUGAUUCUUAACUUUUUUGUUUUUUGAAGGGAAGCAGAAAUGAUUUAGCUCCUAAACUCCCUAGAUUAAAAAGUAAAGCAACUGUAAAGGUUGGAACAAAUUUCUUAGCUUGUAUUAACCAAAUAUGAGAUUAUUAAGUCAGACAUUUCAUAGUGAUAUCAUGAAGUUUUCCCAGAAAUUAAUUUAAAAGAUCAGACUUGAUCUAUGGGGCAGCUACAUGGUACAGUAGAUAGAGCACCAACCUAGAGUCAGGAGUCCCUGAGUUCAAAUUCGGCCUUAAACACAACCCUUGCUUAGAUGUGUGAACCUGGGCAAGUCAUUUAAUCCCAAUUACCCCAACAACCAAAAAAAAAAAAAAUCAAGCUAAUAUAUUGACAGUUUCCUUCAUCUUUGCUUCAAAAAAGCAGUGAUACCAAAAGUGAAAAUGGGAAAUGCUCCUCCUAAAGUCACUCUGUCUUACUUUUAAAAGUAAAAGUUUACUGCUGCUUUACCUAGAUUCUAUUGCUGGUUGAUGUGAGCAUUUGAAAAAAUCAGCAGCUUCCCAAGAUGAACCUGGUCAACUCCAAAGAGUUCUGGAUAAUAUGGCAGCCCAUGAAAUGAGUAACAUGGUGUAGUUUCGGGUUGUGACUUGCUUUAAAAUUGUGUUAAGCUAGAUCUAACCGACCCUUCAGACGUUCCUGUUAUUGGCCUGAGCACACAGAACUCAUUUCUUUUAUUUUUAAAGCAGGGUUUUGGGGAAAUUUGCCACUAGAUGGGCAUGAUCAUAAAGUAGCCACAGUGCUCAUGAGACUGGAUAUAUUUCCUCCUGAAUUAAGUCACUAUGCUGCUUUUUUAUUGUUUAAAAGCACUUGAGUUUUAAGAGACUGGAAUGCUUGAGAAACAACUUUGUGACUGUGCAGAGAAAAGAGGGGAAAGGAACUUACUCUAAAAGAGACUGUUUAUUUUUGAAAAUUGAUAGUGGCCACAGGUAAGUGUAGUGUCAACUUCCCCAAAUACAGUGUUUACAAUUGCCAAAAAGAUUCUGUGGUACUGUGCUGAGUGAAAAAUCAGAUGCAUGAUGAAGCCAUUUAUCAUAAGGGAAAGUUUGCCAAUCGGUCUGUUAGUUGAUGCCAUAGAACAUUGUUCUUUAUGUCAACAAGUACUCUUCAGACCCAAGUGUAAAAAGCCUUACUGCCUUUAGUAAGUAUAUUUUACAGUCUCCACUACUGUAAUAGCUUUGAAAAUAUAGGGCACAAUCUGUGAUUAAAUGUUAAAAAAUAGUUAAGACCAGUAGGCCACGUCACAUAACUCAUGAUCUCAGUUCAGUCUUGCAAAUUUUUAUUGUAGUAAAAUCAUGACCUACUUACUACUUAUACACAUUGACUAUAUUAGCAUUAAAUUUCCACAGAGGGGAAAACUACAAAGGAGAGACUGUGACCCUUUUAAAACCACUAUUUGUUGUGUACUCUAAGCACUUGCAGGAGUCCCCAAAGAGCAUGAAAUCCUAUUUCAAAAACCAUAUUCGUGUGUAUGUUUAUUUUUUUUUAAAUUACAGGGCAUUAGAGUAUGAUUGUGCCAAAAUUGAACCUCAACUCUGAAUUUCUUGCUACAGAGACUCCUUAAGUAUUAGUAGUGAAUGAUAGGUUUUAUAGCUAAUUUCUGACUUAAAUUGAGCAAAAAAAAAAAAAAAAAUGAGAGGCUGCUCUUUUACAAAAUUAUAACUGGGAAUUCAUUUUGAACUGCUGGCAUCAGAUAUUAAUUAAUUAAGCACCUAUUAAUAAUUUGUGCUAGGUACUAAGGGUUCAAAGAUCAGACAAGAAAAUUGCCCUUCCUUCCCCCCUUCCCCCAAACCCAUAUUUGUCAGCCCAGCAAGGAUUGCUUCAAACUUUUAGGCAAUUUCUUUUUUAUCAUGUAUGAAGAAAUUAGCUACUUAUCUAUAAUUUAAUAGAUUUUUUAAAAAUUAAUAUUACCCUGAGCCUCAAUAAAAAGUUACUUCUUUGAGUCUAAAUGACAUAUAACUAGUUGCCAAACAUGCAUCUUUAGAUCAAUUUAGUUUGGAAUUUAUGGAAAAAUCUUAUUAGGAUAUGGAAGAUAAAAUUUAUUUACAAAUGUGUGUUAUCAUACUAUUUUGAAAUUUCAAGCAAUACACACUAGAUGGUUCAAUAAAAUAGAUUAUAGUAGUCAAUUCUGUGUUUGGAAAUAUCAGCAUGUAGUUCCUUGUUCAAAUUAGAUAUUUUUUUUUUAUUACAAGCAAUAGGAUUUUUUUUUAAUUUGUUCUAAAACAGAUUAUGCAAUUGAAAGCAAUUCAUUGGGAUUCUUCAAAUUAGAUAGAAUUGGUUUAUAAUACUUGAUCCACAACAAAUAUUCAUUCCUAACCUUGCUUUUGAUAGUUCAAAAAAUAGCCAAUUUUAGGUUGUAUCUUAGUUUUUCAGUGGUUUAUUGCUGAAUAGGUGGAUUCUAUCAAGUAAACCCCAUAUUAUCUACUCUUUUAAAAUUGCCUUUGUUGUCUAUCCAAAGCAGUUAAUUGAUUUUCUCAGUUGAGAAUUAGUUACAGCCCAAAAUAGAAAUGCAUAAAAAGUGCUUCCAAAAUCUCUGAUAACCUGAUUUAAUGUUUAUAAUUAGGGCUUCAGGGUAAAAAACCACAAAUGUGUUUAAUUUGAAACAAAACAAAACAAUGUGGCUUUUAGAUGUUCAGAUGGAUGGGUAACCAUUUUUGUAGAAAUGAGGUUAUCUAGGAAAGGUUAUUGUAUAUUUCUGCUGCACUAAAAAUUUGAGCCACCUCUUUUUUUUUUUUUUUAACUAUUUUACAUAGUAAAUUUGUAAGAUUUAAUGAAUAUUUUUGAGUGUGUGUUGAAGGGCUUGGCUAAAGGGAAAAUACUUCUAGUUUUAAACUGUCCUAAGCACUUCAUUUAAAACUUCAGAAGUGAAUCAAGCGUUAUAAUCCAAUUGUUUGGAUAUAGUAAUGGGUAGCAUCAAAAUAUAUUAGCCUUAUGAGAAACAGCCUUAACAUAAGAAUGGGGUGUACAAAUAACUUCAGCUUUAAAUCACAAAAAACCAAUAUUCUAAGAUAUUAAUUGUAUUAGUUCAAGUUUUUGAUUUAAAAAACAAAAUUACGGUAAUAAAAAGGACCUUAAAGAUGUGUUGACAGUAUUUGUGAUACCAGCAGCCUGUUAAAGAUAUGUUUGAAUAACUUAAAAUAAUUUGGUUUUGUUUAAGAAGUUGUUCAGAUUUGCACAGGCCUAGGUGUAACUUGAUAAUGGUACUGAUGUGUAUAUAUAAUGUUGAAUUAUGUUUGUAAAUGAGGAAUUAUGUAAUAAAAUCAUAGGUAAGAGGGUUUUCAUAUCAUAAUUUAAUACAGGUAUAUGAGGUUUAUGGCAAUAUCAUAGUUAAUGAAAUUUCAGGUCAAAUUGUCUUUAAAUUGUGUACAUUUUUAAAUUGUAAGAUUUCUACUGUAUAUUGAUCAUGCAUAGUGUGAUUCAAUAAAUUGCUUGUAAUUUAAAAACUUAUUUAAUAUUCAAAAUAAAAAUAUAGUUAUAUAUUUAUAA